AUGACAAUUAAGAAAUUUUUACCUCUUCUGCUAUCUUCGUUGAUGGUGUACAGUCUCAUCCUCCUGCCCAUAAUUUCAGGAAAAAGCCCAGUCAGCUGUGAUGGCGCAUGCACUAGCACACCACAAUGCAAUAAAAUAUGCACAUCAAAGGGUUACAAAAAAGGAAUUUGUCACGGGAGCGCUCAUUUAUUUUACAUAUGUUGUUGCUACGCCAAAUUUGAAUCUCAAUAUGAUCCUUCCAUUUCUAGUCCCCCUAAUUACUAAUUAACUCCUAAAUCUAUAUGUACUCUCCUUUAUAUGAAUAAAACACAAAUAUGAGAUAUUUACAUUAUGUC